CAGCCAGCACAAUCCGCUCCUCUACAUACAGUAUCUUGGGACCUUUGGCUUGGGUUGUUGCAUACUUUCUGUAGACAUGGACGCCUCUACAACUAUGCUCGCUCAUUCUCCGGCCACAACUGGAACAUUGAUGGCGACAUCCGCCGCCGUGUCUAAUAACUUGACGGUCGGGCAAAUAAUCUUCCACGAAUUCAUCAACAUUCACGAACGCUUCAGACUCCCCGAGUUCUGGAACGAUAUGGGCAUCAUUUUCACUUUUUUCUUGGGUUGCGCUAUUCUUCUGUACUUGAUCGGUAUCAGCAUUACAUUCAUCCUCAUGGUUCUCUUUCCUCGAGCUUUCGGAACUUAUGAGCCGUUCCAGACCGAAUUGAUCUCUGACGAAGCCUUGAUGAAUCAAGUUUAUGGCGGACCAAUGUACGUUGAUCCGGAAGUCGAACGCAUCUUGCAACGAGUUCGUGAGCGACGAGCUAGGCGAAAAGAGGGAAUGCCUCCUGGUCAACAUGUCGGUGAUAUUCCAUUGAGAGAGUUCACGAAGAGCCAGCUCAAGGAGCAAACUUUUACUGGCCAAAAUCAUCAUAAUGAGGACGGAGAAGAGGGACUUCAUAGUCUCAGACUCGAAUAGGGUUUUCGUCAGUGAAUAGGGUUUUCAUCGGUGCCUAAAUGUAUGUAUAAGUCAGAAGUUUCAUUAUCCGGAACUCGACCGGACUCUCAAAGAAUAAAAAUGAUUCAUCCGACCUUGUUUCAUCUUUCGUGUGAAGUGAUCAAUUCCAAUGAUGAUAAGAUCUCAG